AUGUCUUUAGGUUUUAUAUAAUUAGGAUAAUGUGGUAACUAGAUUGGACAUGCAUUAUUUGAUUUUAUGAUUUAAGAGUAAUAACUUAUUGGAAUUUAGAACUUAAAUGUCUAGUCCAGGUGCUUAGGCUCUUUUAAAUGAAAUAUUCUUUUUUGAGCGGAAAAACAAAUAGAUUGCAAAAUCAUUGUUGAUUGAUAUGGAGCCAAAAGUAGUUGAUAGAUGUCUAAAAGCUGAAUAUUAUGAUAAGGGUAUAAGAGAAUAUUCAUUCAGCAUUUAGUUUGACAAAAUAAGAAGGAUCAGGAAAUAAUUGGGCAUAUGGAUUCAAUAAUCAUGGUCCUGCAAAUAAGAAUGCGAUUUUAUAGAUAAUGGAUACAUUAUUAGAAGAGUGUGGAUAUUUGGAAUCUUUAUUUUUCAUAUCUUCAUUGGCAGGUGGAACUGGUUCUGGUUUAGGAUCUUAUAUUUUAGAAUUGAUGGCUGAUAGAUAUCCUGAAAUAGAAUUAUUUAAUAUAUGUGUAAUGCCUCAUUUAACAGGAGAAGUGAUAUUAUAAUCUUUAAAUACAGUAUUGACAAUAGGAUCAAUAUAUUAACAUAGUGAAGGAAUAAUUUUAUUAUAAAAUGAUGAAGCUUAAGCAUUAUGCAAUAAUCUAUUAAAUUUGAAGAGUCCAAGUUUGAAUGAUAUCAAUUAAGUGAUGUCUACAAAUUUAGCUAGUUUCUUUUGGCCUUGUUUAACAAAUUAAGUUUAUAGUACAUUUAAUAAUAAUCUACAAUAUGUUUAAGAGUUAUUAAAUAUAACUAAUAAUCAAUACAAAUUACUUUAGUUAAAUUAGAUUCCAUAAUUGCCAUAAUAAUCUAAAGCUUUUCAAAAUGAUACUUGGUCUGCUUUAGAAAAAAGAAUUUAAUAGAUGGUUAUGACUGGAACAAAAGAAUAUAAUAUAAAUUGGCAUAAAAAGGGAUAAUAACCAUUUAAAUAGUUGAUGAUUGCAAGAGGAAAUGAUGUUAAAAAACAUUAAUUUAAUUGGAAUACAGUAUAGGAUGAACAUUAAUUUAAUAAGAAUGAGAAAUCAAUUACAGUUCUUCAUAAUUCAAGCAAUAUAGUUGAAUCAUUAAAUAUGAUAUCAGAUAGAGCAAAUUAAAUGAUUUAAGAGAGAGCAUAUAUAUAUCAAUAUGAGAAAUUUGGAGUUAAAAUUUAACAUUUUUAGGAGAGUAUGGGAAUUGUGGAAGGUAUAAUAAAUGAUUAUGAAUAAUUAAUAUAAUGA